AUGGCGCCCACAAGUCGUACCCUUCUCCUUCGAUCCUCCUCCCCAUCCUCAUCCCUACGAUCACCAUCCGAAUCUUCCUCUGCUUUCCGCGACCAAAAGGCUCGUAAACAAGAUAUGAUCCGCUAUACCUCCUACGCCUCCGCCAUUCUCUCUUGUCUCUGCGCAGGUUCCAUCACCGCUUAUUCGCUUUAUGGCCAUUUAUUUCAAUCGCGAUUACAUUAUACACAAUUACAAGUCAAUCUUGUUAUAAUCGCGGCGGAAUUGGCAAUGUACCUGCCAGUGCCGGUAUUUGGAUAUCUGUGCGAUCGGGUUGGACCUGCGCCACUGUCUCUCGGGGCGGGAAUUAUGUUUGGAGCCGGAUAUGGAUUGGCGGCACUUACAUAUAAGAGUGGAGAGAAAGAUAUAGAGGGAUAUGUUACGGAAAGAGGAUGGCCAAUUAUAUGGAUGGUGAUUGCAUUCAUGAUCAUUGGGAUGGCAACGACUUGUAUGUAUAUUAGUGCGGUGACGGCGUGUGCGAAGAAUUUUGGGAAAUCGAAAUAUAGAGGCCUGGCACUUGCAUGCCCAAUUGCAGCGUUUGGAUUGAGUGGGAUGUGGCAGAGUCAGGUGGGGGAGAAGAUAUUGUAUGAGAGGGGGAGAGACGGUCAAAGGGGAGAUGUUGAUGUGGGGAGGUUCUUUUGGUUUUUGGCUGUUACACUUCUUGUGGUGGGAAUUAUUGGAUGUGGGUUGUUGAAGAUUGUGGAUGAGGAUGAGUUGAUUGAAGAAGCUGUUGAGGAAUUGGAGAGGAGUGGGCUACUUGGGGAGGAGGAAGGAUAUACCAGGAGAGAAUAUGGUACUUUGAAUGGAGAAGAGCGAGGUAGCGUGGAUGAGGAGGAUGAAGAAGCGAGAAAGAAGACUUGGUUAUUAAACGAGGAAACAAGACGAUUUCUUAAAGAUCAUACAAUGUGGUGGUUAGCCAUUGGAUUUUUCUUCGUCUCGGGACCAGGCGAGUCGUUUAUCACGAAUUUGGGCACGAUAAUCGGCACGCUUAAUCCACCUACAAUCCACAAUCCUACUUCCGCAGCAACACAUGUUUCAGUUGUUGCACUUACAUCAACCAUCGCUCGUAUCCUAUUUGGUACCCUCACAGAUAUAUUGGCUCCGGUUCCUAUAACACAUCAUUUCGGUUCUCUGUCAAAUUCUUUCGCCUCUCUCCCACCACAACCUAGAUCUCGCUUCACAAUAUCCCGUAUAACAUUCCUCAUCUUGUCCGCUCUCCUAAUCCUUCUAGGGGAUAUCCUACUGGCUGCAGGAAUUUGCCAAAACCACGCGGACCGCUUCUGGAUUAUUUCUACUCUCAUCGGGUCCGGUUACGGCGCUUUAUUCUCCCUGACUCCUUUAAUCGUGACGGUCAUCUGGGGUGUUGAAAACUUCGGAACCAACUGGGGAAUCGUAGCAAUGGUUCCAGCACUAGGUGCUACGCUCUGGGGUGUGAUCUAUAGUCAAGUCUACCAGAAAGUUGCCGAGGGGUUAUGGAAGGAAUUCCUUGGUGAUGGAGUACUUUGCUGGGGACAAAGCUGUUAUGCGGGGACUUUCUGGGGAAUGGCAGGGAGUGUGGGUGUUGGAGUCGCAUUUUGGGUUUGGGCUUGGAAGGGAAAGGAUGGAUGGAGCGAUAGGGGAGUUGUGGUAUAA